UCAUAUAUUUUCCGGGCCGGUCCGCCCGCCCCGGAGCGCGCAGAGAGCACACGCGUGUCCCUCUCCGGUCAGAGAGGCAGCGGGGCUCUGGAGACACACGUUCACCCCGAGCAGCCUCUCUCCCUCUCUCCCUCUCUCUCCUCCUCUGCCUCUCUCCUCCUCUCCGUUCAGUGUGGCACGCACGAGCACUCUCGCCCUCUCGCCGGGAGCACCGCACGAGCCCCCGGGUCCGGCCGCCCGAGUGACUUCCGGAAUGCCGGCGCUCGCUGAGAGACCGAUGGCCGGAGAGUCGGACUGAUUGAUAAAGAGGUGGAGUGAUUUUUUCUUUCCCUGCGCUUUCCUGCGGCGAGGAAGAGUCCCCCGCAGGUGGAGACCGCGGGCACCUGCGCGGCGCUCACCGGGAGAGUCUAACACACUGACCGCCCUACUGCCCCUCCUCCUCCUCCUCCUCAAGACCCGCUUUUUCAAAGAAGAGAAAAUGACCUUUUUUGCCGUCUGCGAGUCAGAAGUCCACAAAUAACUAACUUCGCCAACCCGCCUCCGCGACCCUGAGCGAAGACGAAUCGGAUUUAAAACCCGAUGAACACAGCUGAGAAUUUUCCCCGGCGCGUGAGACGGCGAGAGAGAGAGAGAGAGAGAGCGCGAGCGCCACUCCGCCGCCCCGCCGCGCUCGGAGAAGGCGAUCGGGCACGAGCCGCUGAGCCGCCCGCUUCUCGCGCCGGACGAGGACAGCUCGUGAGAGGGUGACAGUCGUGUUCCCUGGGGUUCCAGACGCCUGCCUGCUCCACCCACAGCACCACAGCGGACAGGAGACGGGCGCUGAGGUCCGGCCCAGAGUCUGGGCCCGGUUCUGCAACACAGGAGCACCCAGAGUGCUGGUGUGCCCCAGGUUGGCUAUGGACUGUAACUGUGUGAGUGAUCUGCUCCUGACCCCCCCUGUACCUGCACUCUGGACUCCAGGCAUAGCAUUCCCAGACUGGGCCUACAAGCCUGAGUCGAGCCCCGGCUCCAGGCAGAUCCAGCUCUGGCACUUCAUCCUGGAGCUGCUGCAGAAGGAGGAGUACCAGAACGUCAUCGCCUGGCAGGGGGACUACGGCGAGUUCGUCAUCAAGGACCCCGACGAGGUCGCCCGGCUCUGGGGCAUCCGCAAGUGUAAACCGCACAUGAACUACGACAAGCUGAGCCGCGCACUCAGAUGGGCUGGCAGUGCCCAGGUCUGA